AGGACAAGACAUUGGAAUCGGGAACCUGGAAUAGCCAGUUUCUUCUGCAUCAACGUCGUGAGGAGUUCGACGCAGAGAAGGAAAAAAAAGAAAAAAAGAAAAGCGUUUCCUCGCCGAUUAGAUCCCACCAUUUCUCCAGGAAAAUAAAUGGAGAAUUAUGGUGGUGGAUCACGUUAUCCAUACCCUUACGGUCAUCAGUACCCAUACCCAUACGGUCAGUACACAGGAGGAGGUGGUCCUCCUCCGUAUAGACCUCCCGGUACGAGUUCGGAGGCGUACCAAGCAGCAGCACCACCAGCACCUUAUUAUCCUUACCCACCACCUCCGUAUGCAACUCCCCCGCUUCAUCAUUCGGGCCCAUUGGACUACUCCCACCACAAGCCCCAAUCAUCGUCCUCCUCUGAAUAUCACCGCCAUUCUUUCGACUACCAACCUUCUCCUUACCCUUAUCAUCCUGCUCAUCCUCCUCCGCAAGGUAACUACAAUGCUCCCUAUACAUAUCAUCAAGAGCAAUACCCGCCUCCUGAAACUAAACCCCAUGAAUAUGAUCCUCCUCCACAAACUCCUCAAGCCUUUCGUAGGCAAGACUGCCUCACUUCUUAUCCUCCCGUCGACCAACUUCUAGGCGGUCUCCACAUUUCCGAUAACCCCUCCGUUCCUUCCAACUCCUGGCCAAGCCGUCCUCCUGGUGAUUUGUAUGGUUACCCUAACAGCUCUUUUCCAAGCAACUCUCACCUCCCGACCUUGGACCGAGUCGAUUCCUCUGCUUCUGCCUAUACUCCUACUGAUUCCCCGCAUAGUCCCCACUUGCAGAUGACGCUCUUUGGUAAAUCCUCCUUGAAGGUCCUGUUGCUGCAUGGCAAUUUGGACAUCUGGAUCUAUCAUGCCAGAAAUCUCCCUAACAUGGAUAUGUUCCACAAGACUCUGGGUGAUAUGUUUGGCAGAUUGCCUGGCAAAAUCGACGGCCAGCUUAGCAGGAAAAUCACCAGUGAUCCUUACGUUUCCGUCUCUGUCGCUGGUGCUGUCAUUGGAAGAACUUACGUCAUGAGCAACAGCGAGAAUCCUGUUUGGAUGCAACAUUUUUAUGUUCCUGUCGCUCACCAUGCUGCAGAAGUUCAUUUUGUCGUUAAAGACAGUGAUGUCGUGGGUUCUCAGCUCAUUGGAUUGGUUACCAUCCCGGUCGAACAGAUAUACUCUGGUGCCAAAGUCCAAGGAACUUAUCCGAUUCUAAGCAGCAGUGGGAAGCCUUGUAAACCAGGGGCUAAUUUAUCAUUGUCCAUCCAGUAUACUCCUAUGGAACAACUUAGUGUUUAUCAUCAUGGAGUUGGGGCAGGUCCUGAUUACAUGGGGGUACCUGGAACAUAUUUUCCGCUUAGAAAAGGCGGGACUGUGACAUUGUACCAAGACGCACAUGUCCCUGAAGAGAUGCUCCCGGGUAUAAGACUGGACAAUGGGAUGUCUUACGAACAUGGCAAGUGUUGGCAUGAUAUGUUUGAUGCCAUACGCCAGGCCAGGCGUUUAAUUUAUAUCACGGGUUGGUCUGUGUGGCACAAAGUUAGGCUGGUUCGGGAUAAAUUUGGCCCCGCAUCAGAAUGUACUCUUGGUGAGCUCCUAAGAUCAAAGUCCCAAGAAGGCGUGAGAGUCCUGCUUUUGGUUUGGGAUGACCCAACUUCGCGUAGCAUCUUGGGUUAUAAAACAGAUGGCGUUAUGGCAACCCAUGAUGAGGAGACACGCCGUUUUUUCAAGCACUCCUCUGUUCAAGUCCUGCUCUGCCCCCGUAAUGCUGGAAAGCGACAUAGUUGGGUCAAGCAGAGGGUAGAGUAUCACUUUCUUUUCCCUUUUUUUUCUUUUGUGUGGUUUCCAGCUUCUAAUCAAUAUUCCGUCCAUCAGGAAGUUGGGACAAUCUAUACACAUCACCAAAAAAACGUAAUAGUGGAUGCCGAUGCUGGUGCUAACAGAAGGAAAAUUGUAGCUUUUGUCGGUGGGCUUGAUCUGUGUGAUGGCCGAUAUGACACUCCUCAACAUCCCUUGUUCAGGACACUACAGACAGUUCAUAAAGAUGAUUUUCACAACCCCACUUUUACGGGAAACCUUUCCGGAUGUCCAAGAGAGCCGUGGCAUGACUUACACAGUAAGAUCGAUGGCCCUGCUGCGUAUGAUGUGCUGACCAACUUCGAGGAGAGAUGGUUGAAGGCUGCGAAGCCUAGCGGGAUCAAGAAGUUUAAGACUUCCUAUGACGAUGCGUUGCUAAGGAUCGAUAGGAUUCCAGAUAUAUUAGGAGUUUCUGAUACUCCUACUGUAAGUGAGAACGAUCCUGAGGCUUGGCAUGUUCAGAUUUUUCGUUCAAUCGAUUCAAACUCUGUGAAAGGUUUCCCAAAGGAUCCAAAAGAUGCUACAUGCAAGAACUUGGUGUGUGGGAAGAACGUGCUCAUUGAUAUGAGCAUACACACUGCGUAUGUCAAGGCCAUCCGUGCAGCCCAACACUUCAUAUAUAUUGAGAAUCAGUAUUUCAUUGGAUCUUCCUACAACUGGAAUGCGCACAAGGACAUAGGUGCUAAUAAUUUGAUUCCUAUGGAAAUCGCGUUGAAGAUAGCUGAAAAGAUUAAGGCAAAUGAACGCUUUGCUGCAUAUAUUGUCAUUCCAAUGUGGCCAGAAGGUGUUCCAACCGGUGCUGCUACCCAGAGGAUUCUAUAUUGGCAGCACAAGACAAUGCAGAUGAUGUAUGAGACUAUCUACAAGGCGUUAGUGGAGACCGGGCUUGAGGGAGCAUUCUCCCCACAAGAUUAUCUCAAUUUCUUCUGUCUUGGCAACAGAGAAAUGGUGGAUGGAAUCGAUAACUCGGGAACUGGAAGUCCAAGUAACGCAAACACUCCCCAGGCAUUGAGUCGGAAAAGCAGAAGAUUUAUGAUCUAUGUUCACUCGAAAGGGAUGGUAGUAGAUGAUGAAUACGUAGUAAUUGGAUCGGCAAACAUAAACCAACGAUCAAUGGAAGGCACAAGAGAUACAGAGAUUGCGAUGGGAGCUUACCAGCCUCAACAUACAUGGGCAAGGAAACACUCUGGUCCUAGGGGUCAGAUCUAUGGAUACAGAAUGUCGCUUUGGGCAGAGCAUAUGGCGACAUUAGAUGACUGUUUCACGCAACCGGAGAGUAUAGAAUGUGUAAGGAAAGUGAGAACAAUGGGCGAGAGAAACUGGAAACAGUUUGCAGCUGAAGAAGUCUCAGACAUGAGGGGACAUCUGUUAAAGUAUCCAGUGGAAGUCGAUCGGAAAGGUAAAGUCCGACCACUUCCCGGGAGUGAGGCGUUCCCUGACGUCGGAGGUAACAUUGUCGGAUCGUUCAUAGCCAUACAAGAGAAUCUAACCAUUUGAUAUAUAUACAAAUAAAUAAUCAAGCAGGGGUGUUUUUGUUUUAUAUAUAUAACAUUUUUUGUU